AUGCCUGCGCUGGUAUACCUCGAUAAUCUCUCCCAAAAGAAACAAGACGUUAUCGAACGCGAUGGAAUAUCGCCCAGAGGCGGUGUGGGGAGAGCGAUGGAUUUUGGAAAAUGGGAGCAGGCGGGGCAGGGGUGGGGUAAGGUCGGACGGGGUACGGGAAUCCUGAAGAAGAGGGGCCAUUCUUUUGCGGUUUGCUUUCGAAGCCGAUAUGCGAUGAAGAGACCGAGUAUACUGCGCGCCAACGGACCCGGAAAGUUAACCUCCGCCUAUAAUGAAAUUUACAAAAAGAGUAUAUGGGUAUUGGAGAGUGUGGUCGUACAGGAAAGCCCCCAGCGUCAAGUAAAUCAAGGCAUUCGAUGCCUGGAAAGACGGUUUGCCCAUGCUCUGGGCUGA